AGGGGACAAAAUAGAAAUUUGGAGGACGAUCUGAUUCUGAUUGAUGCCGUACGACUGCUAUUUCAAAUUCAUCAAGCUUCCGCCUUUGUCUUUCUUUGUUUUGUUUGGUUAGUUGGGUAAAAGUAUAUGCAUUUAUGGUCAGAAAAUAAAUUGAUGUGGUAAGAUUACAAGAGGAUUGGUGAAGUAGAUUGUUACCAACAAAGUAAAGAAUGGAAUGCAAUAGGGAUGAAGCCAAGAGGGCGAAAGAAAUUGCUGAAAAUAAGUUUUCUACAAAAGACAUAACGGGUGCAAAGAAAUUUGCAUUAAAGGCCCAGAGUCUGUACCCUGCUCUUGAUGGAAUCUCCCAGUUUUUAGCAAUUCUAGACGUUUACGCUGCCGCUGAAAACAAAAUAAACGGGGAGUUGGAUUUUUAUGGAAUACUUGGUUUGAACCCAUUAGCAGAUGAUGAUGCUAUAAAGAAACACUACAGGAAGUUAGCAUUAUCUCUUCAUCCUGACAAGAACAAAUCUGUAGGGGCGGAAGGGGCAUUUCAGUUUGUUUCUGAAGCAUGGACUGUAUUAUCUGAUAAAGAAAAAAGAUCAAUUUAUGACCAUAAGAGAAAUGCUAGAGUUUCUAAGCAAAGGGUUCAUACUCAAAAUGGGGGUUCGCGAGCACCAAAACCUCCAACUCAGAACGGUUUUCACAAAUUUACAAAGACCGCAGCGGCCCAAACUAGGGUUACAAGUACUAAAGCAAAGGGUACAAGUAAUUCUCAAAAGGAUGGUAUUCAUGCCACCACUAAAACGGAAACGGGUCCCACCAAAAUGGAAACGGCCCCCACCAAAACAGAAACGGCCCCCUCUAAAACGGAAACGGGUCUCAGUCCUGCUAAAACAGGCCCCAGUGGUGUUCGUUCAUCAUCUAAUAAAGAGACGGUGCCUAAAACGUUUUGGACCCUAUGUAAAAGAUGCAAACUGCAGUAUGAAUUUUUAAGAAAGUAUUUGGACCAGAAUCUUUUAUGCCCAACUUGUCAUGGACCGUUUCAUGCAACUGAGACGGCCCCACCAAGCACCUAUGGUUCAUUAGAAGGUUCAGAAAACCCAGAAAUGUGUAAGACCACGGGUGAUGGUAGGAGCUCCCAGUGGAGCCGUUUUAUAAAAACGAACAGCCCAGGUACAGUAAAAAGGGAUAGAGAAGAAGCUUAUAAUAGAGAAGAAGAUUUGAGAAGAAAGAUUUCUAAAAAAGAAACUAAAGCAAAGCAGGAUGAUAACGGGGCUGUUGAAAAUAACAAAAGGGGGCCAAUUGAGGUUGCGAAUACCAGUAGUAUCAAGAGCCAACUAAUAAAGAAAGCUACACUGGAAAUUAGAAAGAAAUUAAAUGAAUGGAGCUCAGAAACUGUCAAAGAUUCUUUGGUGGCUGAACCACUUGUGACUGAUGUACCAGAUCCUGAGUUUCAUGAUUUUGAUUCUGCCAGAAGUGAAAAAUGUUUUGAAGAAGGUCAGGUAUGGGCUGUUUAUGAUCAUGAUGGGAUGCCGCGAUUAUAUGCCUUGAUUAAGAAGGUGAUUUCUUUAAAACCGUUUAAGAUGAGUGUAUGUUGGUUUGAUCCAAAACCUGACAACAACCCAGGGUUCUUGAAAGCCUUUGGGGAGUUUAAACCAGGAAAACAUGAAAUUGUCUCCGCCCCUAAUUUUUUUUCACACAAAGCUAGUUUUACAAAACAAACAAGUGGGAACAUUCGUGUUUUUCCCAGGAAAGGUGAUGUGUGUGCUCUAUAUAGGAAUGAUGUAAAAUCAGAUUUAGUGAAAAAUAAGUAUGAAAUCGUUGAGGUUGAUGCUUACGAGGAGGAAACAGGGACGAUCGUGACUCCACUUAUUAAGGUUUCGGGUUUCAAGACCGUGUUUCACCGACAUGUAGACCCAAAGGAAACAAGGGUAAUUGUGGAAAAUGAAAUGCAUAUGUUUUCUCAUGAAAUACCUGGGUGUGUGCUUACGGGUGAAGAAAGUGGAAGGGCUCCGAAGGGUUGUCUUGAGCUGGAUCCUGCAGCGGUCCCUCCCCAGUUUCUUGAAGGGUGCUCCAACUCCAAGUGCUGAUGGUGUUUGUCCCAUUUUGGGUGCAAAUUUCUUGAACUUGGGGGGUGGAGUUUGUAUUCUUUUUUGUUAGUUUUCAAAGUGUUAUUGUACCUGAUACUAUCAGAAGAAUGUUGUUUUGUUGGGGGGAUGUUAUGGUACUAAAUGUUGUUUUUGUAGUCUGCUUCUUAUGUCCUUUUAACAAUAUACUUGGUUUAUGAUAAUCAUUGUUUUGAUAUGA